AUGAAAUCAAGCUGUAUUGAAUGGAAUUGUGAUGGUGGUCCACAUAUUAUUUAUUUAAUUCGUACAUCAUAUCGUGGUGCAAAUUCUUAUCAUAAUUCAAAUCGUAUUACUUAUAAAAAAUUAUUAAAUUAUCAACAAUUACUUCCUCCUGUUAUCAUUGAUAAAAAUACAAAAUGGAAACAGAGUGCAACUACUGUUGCUGGAGGACACGGGGCCGGAAGUGAAUUAAAUCAAUUAAAUCGACCUCAAGGUUUUUAUGUUGAUGAUAAUGAUGAUAGUAUUUAUAUUGCUGACACUGAUAACCAUCGUAUUGUUAGAUGGAAAUUUGGUGCAAACAAUGGUGAAAUUGUUGCAGGUGGAAACGUAUCUGGAAAUGAAUUAUAUCGAUUGAAAACUCCAGAAGAUGUUAUUCUUGAUAAAGAGAAGACAUAUCUCAUCAUUUGUGAUAUGGGCAAUUCCUGA